GCAAGCAAAAUCAUGACUUGGUAAAAUAUUUGCGUGAGCUUGUCAAUUUACCAAUUUUACGAAAAUUUCUUUGUGAACCGUAGUCUUUUUAUUGUGAAUUAGCAGUUCAUGUGAAUAAAACAAGAUGACUUUAACGAAAAUGGAGGUGGACUCCGUAAAAGGAGAGGGCUUCCGGCCGUACUACAUAACCAAGAUUGAGGAACUCCAGUUGAUCGUGGCAGAGAAGUCUCAGAACCUACGGCGUUUGCAGGCCCAGAGGAAUGAGCUUAACGCUAAAGUCAGGAUGCUGCGCGAAGAGCUCCAGCUUUUGCAGGAGCAGGGGUCAUACGUCGGAGAAGUCGUCAAACCUAUGGACAAGAAGAAAGUGCUAGUAAAAGUGCACCCAGAAGGUAAAUUCGUCGUAGAUCUGGAUAAAAACGUCGACAUCAACGAUGUAACCGCCAACUGCCGUGUCGCGCUUCGCAACGAGAGUUACACCCUCCACAAAAUCCUUCCCAACAAAGUCGACCCUCUAGUAUCUCUUAUGAUGGUUGAGAAAGUCCCAGAUUCUACGUAUGAAAUGGUUGGUGGUUUGGACAAGCAGAUUAAAGAGAUCAAGGAGGUCAUUGAACUGCCAGUAAAGCAUCCUGAACUGUUUGAUGCCCUCGGUAUUGCCCAACCCAAAGGUGUGCUAUUGUACGGACCCCCUGGUACUGGAAAGACUCUGCUGGCCAGAGCUGUAGCUCACCACACUGAGUGCACCUUCAUCCGAGUAUCUGGGUCCGAGUUGGUGCAGAAAUUCAUCGGUGAGGGAAGCCGUAUGGUCCGUGAACUGUUUGUGAUGGCUAGAGAACAUGCCCCGUCUAUCAUUUUCAUGGACGAAAUUGAUUCUAUUGGUUCGUCUCGUAUCGAGUCAGGCAGCGGUGGAGAUUCAGAAGUGCAAAGAACUAUGUUGGAGUUGCUGAAUCAGCUGGACGGUUUUGAGGCCACAAAGAACAUCAAGGUCAUCAUGGCUACGAACAGAAUUGACAUAUUGGACCCUGCUUUGCUCAGGCCCGGUCGUAUCGACAGGAAGAUCGAGUUCCCCCCUCCAAAUGAGGAAGCCCGUUUGGAUAUUCUUAAGAUUCAUUCACGUAAAAUGAAUCUGACAAGAGGAAUUAAUCUGCGUAAGAUCGCAGAACUGAUGCCUGGUGCAUCUGGUGCUGAGGUGAAGGGAGUGUGUACCGAGGCUGGUAUGUACGCUCUCCGUGAGCGCAGAGUGCACGUCACGCAGGAAGACUUCGAGAUGGCUGUCGCUAAGGUCAUGCAGAAGGACUCCGAGAAGAAUAUGUCUAUCAAGAAACUCUGGAAGUAAAUGUAAUUGUAAUUUUAACUAUAAUGCAUUAAGAAUUCAAGAAAUUAUAAUAAGUUUUUUCUAAAAUAAA